AUGGGUUGGCGAUACAAAGCUGGUCUGUUCUUGAUUGGUACCGUUGUUGUCAUUUGGGUCACCUCUGCAGAAGUUACUCAGGAUAUCUUCACAGCCUACAAGCAGCCAUUUGCAGUCACAUAUCUCGGAGCUUCUCUUAUGAUAAUCUACCUUCCCGUAGCGUUCCUCAAAGACUGGAUUUGCCGAUAUUUGGAGCAGCGACGAUCUCUAACAAGCCUUAAAGUUUCCGCAUUGGGCAAUGAGUCCUCCUCGGCUGAGAUCAACUCUCCGCUUAGACACAAGAUCAUUGAGAUGGGACUUCAGGGGACCAUCACUAAGAAAGACAGCGAGGAGGACUUUUCUUCACACGGAGAAGAUGCGAGACCGUUGAUCGGUAAAGGGAAAGAGGAAACACAGGCUCUGAAACAUGGGAGAGAGGUCAGUACGAAGCAGAUUGCAAUGUAUGGGCUUUACCUGGCACCGAUUUGGUUUGUAACAGAGUAUUUGUCCAAUGCUGCUCUUGCGCGUACAAGCGUGGCAAGCACUACCGUGUUGUCUUCAACCUCAGGACUGUUUACUCUCUUCAUUGGUGCGUUUUUGGGCCAAGAUACGUUGAAUUUGUCCAAAGUGGUUGCUGUGUUUGUGAGCAUGGCCGGUGUGGUGAUGACAACGCUUGGCAAAACUUGGGCUGCUGACGAGUCGCAGUUGAAUUCUUCACUCAACGGGCAACGGUCCCUUACGGGAGAUCUCUUUGGGCUUCUCUCUGCAGUCUCUUACGGACUAUUUACAGUGCUUCUAAAGAAGUUUGCCGGUGAAGAAGGAGAAGGAGUUGAUGUGCAGAAGCUGUUUGGAUACAUAGGAUUGUUCACUCUUGUUGCUCUCUGGUGGCUUGUGUGGCCAUUGACAGCAUUAGGGAUCGAACCAAAGUUUACCAUACCGCACUCUGCCAAAGUUGAUGAAGUCGUUUUGGCCAACGGUUUCGUUGGAAGUGUCCUCUCUGACUAUUUUUGGGCACUUUCUGUGGUGUGGACGACUCCGCUAGUAGCGACACUGGGCAUGUCUCUGACGAUUCCACUUGCGAUGGUUGCUGACAUGAUGAUCCAUGGUCGUCACUAUUCCGCCAUUUACAUUCUUGGCUCUACUCAGGUGUUUGCGGGAUUCGUAAUAGCUAACAUAUCGGACUUGUUCACAAAGAAGCUUGGUUUGUAA